AUGCCACUGCUUUCAGAGCUGGUAGACCUGGAGGGCCUCGUGGAGCCCAACUUGGGGCUUGUCUGGUCGGACAUGUUCCAACCAUGUCUCCAGGAGGAUCUUACGGAUAUGAGGCUAACGUCCUUGAUCGAGACUCCCCCGACCCGGGAUAUGUCGUUCUCUGCGGACAACGUGCGCCGACAGCCAGCGCUGCCACUGACUCCCUCCGCGGUGACCGAGAUAUAUGACGGUCGGUGCUCUCCGAGGCCUGAACAAGAGGCGAUGGGACCCCGAGACUAUCAUCCAACCGUCAUCAGCGUAGACGCCCAACUAAGCUUCCCAGACCUUGGGGGAGUCCGCUUCAACGACAUCGACAGCGAAGACCUGGCCCACGUUGCGGAGGUCAGCCAGACUGUCCUGGACGAAGCCACGCGACUCACCCUCACUCUCCAAACCGCCCCCAGCUUUCCCCCCUUUCUAAACUGGCAGCUUCCACCCCGGCCCAUACUCAACAGCUGGGUCCAGCUCUACUUCGAGCACUUCCAUCCCAUCUUCCCCUUGCUCCACAAGCGCUCAUUCGGCGGCCCAGCCACGCACUGGCUCCUAACCUUCGCCGUCGCCGCCAUCGGCGCGCAAUUCUCACGACUGCCCGAGUCGCAGACCUGUGCGCGCGCCAUGCAAGAGCUCAUCCGCCGAUUCACCAUCCAUCUAUGCGAGCACCACAAUCGAAACGGCCGCGAGCUGUGGCUAACGCAGGUAGUCCUUCUGAACCAGAUCGCCUUUCGAUACUCCGGCGAGCGCCGCGCCUUGGAAAUCGCCGAGAUCUACCAGGCUCUUCCCAUCACGUUGGCUCGUCGAAAACAGCUAUGCACCACAACCAUGUCCCUUCGCAAGAUUUCCGAGCUCGAGUUACCGCAGAACCAGCGAUGGCAGAUCUGGAUUCUUGAUGAAGAGCGCCGGAGGACCGGAAUUGCUGUUUGGCUGCUGGACUCGGCCUUUCGCACUCACUUCGAUCUCACGAGACUCAUGGGUGAUCGCGAUAUGCAAAACACUCUCCCUCAGCGGGAGGAGCUCUGGGAGGCGUUGACAACAGAGGCAUGGGCUAGCCUUACACAAAAUCUAGGGACUCACCCCUCCAAAACACUGCCUCAACUCGCCCGAGACGGCGACUGGAUCGCCGCGUGGAACGCGACAGGGACUCUCGGAAAGCAUGCGAUCCUUCAACUCCUAAUCAACAGCAUUUACGACCAGGCAGGGCGCAGCCCAGAUUCCGCGUCGCGAGGCGGCGGAGGAAGAGGCGAGCCCCUGGACCAAGCAACAGCGGAGCAGGGGCUGCGCACGCUUCUCACCGUCACAGAGCUACCAUCGACAUCACCGUCGGAGGUGAAAGCCAACACGGCGCACCGGAUCGGGAUCCUAGGCGGGUUAAUGAUGUCGCAGGCACCGGGGCGGAUGCCGCUGCUGGGCACGGCGUUACGGCUGGCCUAUCGGCGGGACGACGAGGCGGGACGACAGGGGCUGGCGAGGGAGUGGAGAGCCGCUCCGCACGAGGGCCGUAUGGCUGUGGUGUAUGCGGCGCAGACACACUCGGCGCUGGUCAUCGCCGUGGGGUCAGGGGCCGGCGCAGCGCAGCACUUCUCGUUCCCGGUGCUCCUGUUCCGCGCUACCCUGGUGCUCUGGCUGUUCUCCACGCUGGCGCCUGUCCCACCACCCGAGACUGAGCCCGAUUUCGCGGCUACUCCUUCGGUGAUUCUCGGCUGUGGCGGGGGAAGCGGUGGGAUGUUCAUGAACCAGGAUCCGGCGGCGCAGGCGCGCUGGGUUGAGACGGGGUUUCCGUGUCGUCUUAAACUCGCCGGUAUUGGCAACUUCAUGUCGGCGACGGGCCGGGCCAGACUGUUGGAAGAGUCCUUGUCGGCGAUGAGAUCCCUGCGUGGCUGGGGCAUUAAUGCUAUCUAUGAACAGCUGCUGGAUGGUCUACGGUGUCAAGAGAAUUGA